CGCAAUGACGGCGACCGAGGCGAGGCACUUUAAGGCCAUCGCAGCCGCGGCCGAGGCGAAGAAGGUGGGUGAGGCCGCGCGCGAGAACGCUGGGGGGAAGGGCAACGGUGCAGGGCGCGGUGAUGGGCGCGGUGACCAUAAGGGGAGAGCAAGGGGGGGAGGCGGCCAGCAUGCGGGCGAGGGAGAGGAAGAGGAUGAGGAGGAGGAGGAGGAGGAGGAGGAGGAGGAGGAGGAGGAGGAGGAGGAGGAGGAGGAGGAGGAGGAGGAGGAGGAGGAGGAGGAGGUGGCGGAGGCGGAGGAGGAGGGCAAAGAGGAAGAGGAGGAGAAGAAGGAGCACGAGGGGGGAGAAGGCGAGGAGCUCGAGCGUGAGGAGGGUAUGGGGAGGUGGAGGGCCGAGGGCUUGCGCGAGGAAGGAGUGGGGGAGGAGGAGGAGGGGGAGGGUGAGGGGGUGGGGGAGGAGGAUGAGGACGAGUGGGGGGAGGAGGAGGGGGUGGAGGAGCACGAGGAGAGCUCCGGCGACAACUCCGAAGAACAGAUGUGGGGACGAGGUGUUCCCCGAGGGUGGAUUUGGGGAGGAGGGCGAAGUGCCGGAUGGGAAAAACGUGUGGCCUGACGCGGCUUGGUGGCCGGGGGACCCCCCACAGGAGGGGGGUGGACAAGGAGGGCAGCAGAGUAUUAAGAGGUUCCUGUCUCA